AUGAUUUGUUUUAUUAUAUUUUUUACUUCUAUAAUAUUUCGUAUAGCUUUAGUUUCUGCUGAAAGUGAAUCCGAAAAGUUCAAUGCGAUUCUCAGUGAUCCGGAUGAAACAAAACGACUUUUUGGGUGAGUAUUAUAUUCAUAUGAUCUUCAUUCAGACCAGUUUAAAGUGAUAUCUCGAAUGACGCUUUUCUUGAUUGGAAUAAUGAUAUACCUCAAUCUUUGGAUGAUGGUAAAAUUGUUUUACAUUCAUUUUUGGGUUUUGUAAGUGUUUUGAAAACCUUUUUGCAUACCAACGAACUAUGUAUUUUACAUCAGACAUAUACCUAUGAAAAUGUGAACUGGCAAGAUAUCAAUUCAACGUCUCGAAGAAUAAUUCUCGAUUCAACUAGGGUUAGAAUCCCAAUGAAACUGGGUGGAUUCAAAAAAUCUCCUAGAAGUUAUUACAACUACACUCUUGUUAUGCAUAGAUCAACGAUUAAUUUUAGCCUUUAUAUAAAUAAGGACUACAAAGAUGUUGCAUUUAUAACUGGGACAAUCGAUGUGUUUGAUGAAUUAAUUUGCGAAUAUCAUUAUGAACAAAAUUAUUUUCCAUACGAAACCAGAAAAUGCAGAGUGAAAAUGACUGCUCCUAACAAAAUGAGAAUUAACUCCCAUCGCACCCUCCUAGAAGUGCUGAACCUUACUGAUAUAUCAAAAAGGCUCAGGCUAUAUAACACUUUCUUGUUUCCGGAGCAAGUGAUUCUCCGUCAACUCUCAUUUUUCAGCGGCAAACCUUGCGGUUUUGUGAUGCAAUAUACAUCUAUACACAAUAUUUUUCCACUGUUCAUACUUCCCACCAUGGUAUACUGUCAAUAUGGAAAUCAGAGUCACCCUCAUACAUGCUUUUGGUCCGGAAAAGUAUAAAAUAGGGUCGUUAACUAUUUUAUUUUUCAUGAAAAAUAUGUAGGUCCUUAACUUUUAUGAAAAAAAUUAUUAUUAAUUUUUCAAGUCAUCAAAAUUACCUCUACAUCAACUUCUUCUUUCAAAGCCUCGGCCAAUCCGUGGCUGGUCAGAGUACAAUUUUUGGAAAAAUCUGAAUUUCAGUUUUCAGAGGUCAAAAAUUGAAAAAUCAUAAUUUUUAGAGGACAAAAACUGAAAAAUUCACAAUAUUUUGUACUGUUAAAAGUUAGCGUACAAUUUUUUAUUGUGGAAACCACGAUUUUGGCCGAGGUGUGCCAGCUACGAAGGUUCGGUUCUUGGCUAGAGCUUUUACUUUGAUUUUUGGCAGUAUUUUUGUUAUUCAUUUUUCCGAUGGAAGGUGUUUAACUUUUUCAUUUUUGACAAAAAUGGGUCUUUAACCCGAAAGGCCCUCCGGAUAGAAAAACAUGUAUGGUAACCCUCCGAAAAUCAUUGUAUUGGAAAGUGACCGCAACGCACACGCAUCGCGGGUACAGGAGGAAAUUAGAGAUUUUCGCAAAUUCAAAUGUAUUUUUUCGCGGGGUGACUCUGAUUUUUCACAUAUACAAUACGAUAGUAGUUAUUUUGUGUUUAUAUCAUUCUUUAUAGAUUUGCAUGGCGUUCAAUGUUAUAUCUUUCAUGAUUUCAUCAACAAUUCUAUCAUUUUAUCUUUUAUUAGCUACGAUCUUUGUACAAAUUAUGCAUUAUCUUCAGAUGUUGACAUAUAUUCCAGGAAAACAGUUUUUACCAUUCAAUAUCAAAUUAUAUCAUGUCUAUAACAAACAUCUUAUUGAUUUCUCAAUGGAUUUUGCUGAUAAUAUCAAAAUCAAUACAUUAUAUUCCAAAUACUCACAAUUAUUUGAUUAA